AGAGCUUCAUCACGUGACGCUAGAUUUUUUUCUGUCUCGGAGUUCAGCCCCUUAUCGCAAGCGCAAAAAGCAUGGAGGGGCAUGGAAUACCCCUCAUUCUGCUCUCAUUUUUUUUUUCUUUCUCUUGUGGCUCGGCGGCGCUUCGUGUGAGGGAGGGGCCUUGCGCCUGGGCUGGGGCGGGCGAUCGCACUCGUCUGGGUCUUGUUUGGUCUCGCGCCCCUCUCUCUCUCUCCGUGGCUCCCCUCCUCCUACGUGUCCCUGCACCGCACCGCGUUGUCCGUUCAUGCUGCGAAUCUGGCCGCCCGAUAGAUUCUCACUCUAGGUAUUUCGGGAAGAGAGAUGCCAACGCGAUGGCAAAUAUGCAUGCAGCCGCGAUACUACCUCGCUGUCUGGGAAAUCUCGCUCUGCGAGAAUGCGAGAGGAUGAGAAUAAUUGUCCCUUGACGGGCGGCGCAGGCGCUUAGAACGAUUUGUUCAGGUACCUUUCACCUGCACGUCACCCUUGAGGCCAGGAUCUGUCGGACACCCAUGUCCGUAGUACGGCUUUUUUUUUUUUUUUUUUGCCUCUUCUCUUUCUGAGAUCAGAUUUUUUCCAACCCCGCACCC